UUAUUCUUAGAUUUUCCCUCUUCUCCUUUCUGCUCUAUUUUUUCAUUAUCAUCUAAAAAAAGAAACCUUUUUUAGUUUUUUUAAUUGGGUUAUGUCAUUUUUCUCCUUCUCACACAUGCCCACAUCCACCCCAUAUCCUCCUCUUCCUCCUCCUCUAUCCAUCUGAACCAAGGGGAAAAAAGAAACCCAGAAUCAGAUUAAGAGAGAUUCAAGAACUUUCAGCGAUCAAAAGCCCCCUUUUAGCGAUCUUUGUUUGUGUUUUCUAGAAGCUGCAUUUCGCUUGUUUCUAUAGUUGAUUCUAGCUUUGGCAAUCUAAAACAAUCUCUUAGGGGAAAGGCUCGAGGAGAUCUGAUGCAGUAUGGGUUACAUAUGUGAUUUCUGUGCGCAUCAAAGGGCGAUAGUUUACUGCCGAUCUGAUUCUGCAGCUUUGUGCUUAUCUUGUGACCGUAAUGUUCACUCUGCUAACGCUUUGUCAAGGCGCCACUCAAGAACGUUGUUAUGUGAUAGGUGCCAUUCGCAACCUGCAUUUGUUAGAUGUCCUGAGGAGAAUAUUUCUCUUUGUCAAAGUUGUGAUUAUAUGGGGCAUAGCUCAUCUGCCUCCAUUUCGUCUCGGAAGAGGCAACCGAUCAAUUGUUACUCCGGAUGCCCAACGGCUGCAGAGCUCUCAUCUAUCUGGUCAUUUGUUCUAGAUCUCCCUUCUGUAAGUGAUGCUUGUGAGCAAGAAUUAGGAUUGAUGAGUAUUGCUGAAAAUAGUGCAGUAAAUGCCUGGGGUCCUGAUGAUAAUGCUGGUCAAAAUGAUGAAACCACUGGAUUGUCAAGUUUGGAUAAAUCAAUUUGGUACGGAUCCUCUUCAGUGCCUCAAUAUUUAUCCAAGCCUCAGAUUAUGGACCAACAAAUGACUACAGAUGUAACUUCACCCAAGUUACACUGUCGUGGAACACAAGGUCCUGGAUUCGACAUUGAGGACGACCUCUUCGAGAAUUUAAAUAUGGACGAAGAUGGUUUGGAUAUUGAAAACUAUGAUGAACUAUUUGGUGUAUGUCGCAGUUAUUCCGAAGAGUUAUUAGAGAAUGGUGGUAUUGAUAGCUUGUUCAGGAUCAAAGGUAUAUCUGCUGCCAAAUCCGGUUGCCCAGAGGGGUCUUCAGUUGGGUUAGUUAACAAUAUGAUGCGGCCAGCAAGCAGUAAUGCAGCAUCUGCAGAUUCUGUGAUGAGUUCGAAGACUGAACCAAUUCUUUGUUAUAACAAUAAGCAAGAGCACUCCAGCCUGUCAUUUUCUGGCCUGACCGGAGAGAGUAGUGCCGGAGAUCAUCAAGACUGUGGAGCUUCAUCAAUGCUUCUGAUGGGAGAGCCUCCAUGGUGUCCGAUGACCACUGAGAGCUCUUUCCAGUCAUCUAACCGCAGCGAUGCUGUACUGCGCUACAAGGAAAAGAAGAAAGCUCGAAAGUUUGAAAAAAAGGUGAGGUAUGCCUCUCGCAAAGUGAGAGCCGAUACGAGAAGACGUGUCAAGGGGCGCUUUGUUAAAGCUGGAGAAGCUUAUGACUAUGAUCCGAUGAGUCAAACCAGAAGCUACUGAAAGUUAAACGUCUGGAACUCGACGGAUAGGAAAAA